AUUGCUCUGAUAUGAUCACAUACUUUCUGCUUUGCAUACGCAGGGAGCAGCGUGGGCUGAUGGAGUAUGAACCAGCCUGGGCGAUCUUUACGAGCUGAAAUCCUGCACAUCACAGAAGGGUUUGUUUCUCUGCGCAAAACCUGGGGAGCUGUUAGAAACCAGCUUUAGGAAAACAAGUGAACCAAACCCCCAGCCCCAAACGCACCAGACUGCUCCAUGAACUCGCCAUGAAUCUAUUUUUCAUUUUUUUUGACAGAAACGUGCAUGUAACUUUAUCUGGAGGAGCCGAGGAUUUUUGUAGUUGGUCUUGUAGUGUUUUAAAACUGAGACACCAGUAGAGUCUUUUCAGCAGUGAUGAGGGAGUGACAAGUCAGAGUCCCUGCGAGUGCACUUGGAAACUGCAAGCAGCUAACGCUCGCUGCCGGAGCCCCCAGAUGGGACUAGAGCCAAGCUCCUGCGCUCCUUACGGGGAUGAAGGUAGAGCCAUGUUACCUGCUACCUAAGCUCGCUGUUGCUGAUGUAGUUUGUGGAUAUGGUCCUGUACCCGGCUUCGUGCACAGACUCUCAGCUCUGAUCCCGCCCAAGACGUUUUAGCAGCAGCAGAAAGAGAUCCCCAGCUGUGGAGCGGGUUCCUCCGACCACCCUGCGACGGAGGGGCUGCAGCGCUGGAGAGUUACUAUGCAGCUUGGACUGUUUGUGGUGGUGGUUUUUCUAAGCUCGAUGGAUCUAUCAGGCAGCAGCAAAGUGGUGAAGGGCAAGAGGCAAAGACGAAUUAGCACCGAGCUGAGUCAGGGCUGUGCCAGAGGCUGCGACCUGUGCUCCGAGUUCAAUGGGUGCCUGAGAUGUUCCCCCAAACUCUUCAUCCUUCUGGAGAGGAAUGAUAUCCGGCAAAUUGGGAUUUGCCUACCAUCUUGUCCACUAGGAUACUUUGGCCUUCGCAAUACAGACAUGAACAAGUGCAUCAAAUGCAAAAUUGAGAACUGUGAGUCCUGUUUCAGUCGAAACUUUUGCACAAAAUGUAAGGAAGGUUUGUAUUUGCACAAAGGGAGAUGCUACGUCACAUGCCCCGAAGGCUACUCUGCUGCCAACGGCACCAUGGAGUGCAGCAGUCCUGCACAAUGUGAAAUGAGUGAGUGGGGGCCCUGGGGGCCCUGCUCCAAGAAGAGGAAGCUCUGUGGCUUCAAGAAGGGCAACGAAGACCGAACGCGGCGGAUUCUGCAGGCUCCCUCCGGAGACGUGUCCCUGUGUCCUGCCACCACGGAGGUGCGGCGAUGCACCGUGCAGAAGAGCCAGUGCCCUGAAGGGAAAAGGAAGAAGAAGGAAGAGCAAGGAAAGCAAGAUAAUGCGAAUGGGAACAGGAAUCGGAAAGACACCAAAGACGCUAAGUCUGGCACCAAGAAGAGGAAGAGCAAACAGAGAGGGGCUGCGGUCCUCGCCACGUCCGCCAGCCCUGCCCAGUAGCUGCCCCUUUAUGUCACCUGAUGGCAAGACUUCAUUGCUGCUAUGUAUAUGAAAGCUUUAUUGAACCAGAGCACUGCUACACAACACAUACACAUGUCCAGAAAGACAGACAUAUACUCCCAGACUGACCCACAGAUCCGACAGAAACCACAUACACAAUACAUAAGGAGGCUGCACACACCACCACCACCCAGGACCAUGGAGGUACGCUGCUGAGAAGAGGAGUGGGAGCACACACGGAGGGAAGCUCAUCUCCCCAUGGCUCCACAGGCACGCUGCGGGGAGGAGAGGAGGAGUACGAGUCAGUGAAGGACCCAGAGACUUCAUGACCAAAGGCCUCAACUCGAGACCGGGUGCAUGGCCCUGGCGCAGCACGGCUGCACCACAGGGACGAGACCGGACCCACACGGCCGCUCUCCCCAACCUGGGACCCUGACUCACACAAAAGCAGUGGCCUCUUUCUCUUCCCCCCACCCUUUAUUUUGUGUUUUAAGCUGUAUGACUUUAGCAUUGCGAAUACAUGUUAAACGUUUGUGGUAAGAGGUCAGUGGUAUCUGCCCUGAAUCUGCUUCAAAAGAGUUAUUUCCAAUUAAAAACAAACAAAAAAAAUAACCCCAAAAAAACCAAAAUGA